AACAAGCACCUCAAGAAGAAAUUACCGGAAGGAUGCGAAUCCGCCAGUAUCCUAAUCGGGCAAGUGGACUACUUGACCAAUCCCCUGGCCAUAUUCUGUCGGAUGCGGAAAUCCUCCAUUAUGGCCGACCUCGUAGAAGUCGCCGUGCCUACAAAAUUUGUUUUCAUCUUGCUCGGGUCCACCAAGGAAUCGAAUAUUUGGGAGUUUCAGGAGAUUGGCAGGACUAUGGGCACGUUGUUGUGCGACAAGGUGUUCAUAGAGGUUGCCUACCUCGCCAAGACGAGAGAAGACCUGGUGAAUGGCAUCGAUGAGUUCAUUGAUGACGUCACCGUACUUCCGCCAAGUAUCUGGGAACCAUCAACAAGACUUGAACCGCCGAAGCAAACUAGCCGAUUGGAUGUACAGAAACGAAUGCCCACUGGUCCCCUGGCACCCCAACAGGAGGAGGGGGCCACGGAUGAUAAGUCUCUGGAAAGGACCGGGAAAAUCUGCGGAGGUCUGAUCCAAGAUAUAAAGAAUCGCUACAAGUUCUACCUUUCCGACAUAACUGACGCCCUUGCGCUGCAGUCAAUUGCGUCAACAAUUUUUCUCUUCUUUGCCUGCAUCACCCCGAUCGUCACCUUUGGUGGCCUCAUGGGGCAAAAAACUGACGGAUAUAUGGGAACAAUGGAAACGCUGUUAUCGGGAGCCGUGUGCGGCACGUUGUACGCGCUAUUUUCCGGUCAGCCGCUGACCAUUGUUGGAGCCACUGGGCCUCUCCUCAUCUUUGAAUCUAUACUCUACCACCUCUGCCGCGAGAACCGCUACGAUUUUAUGUCCUUCCGCUUCUGGAUAGGCUUUUGGGUCAUGUUGGUACUCCUCUUCAUCGUGGCCUUUGACCUCAGCUUCCUCGUCCGCUACAUCACCAGAUUCACUGAAGAAAGCUUCGCCAUCUUAAUAUCCGUCAUAUUUAUUUACGAGGCCUUUACGAAGAUAUUUGAGAUUUACCAUCACAAUCCCGUUCACGUCGGGACUGUUAGAGAACCUGGGGAUUUUCGCUGUUAUUGUAAUCAAUCUGGGAGUUUGGCUGUGAAUAGAGACUGCUUAUCCGAGAAGCAAUGCCUCAGGAAUGGUUGGGAAGUUUCGGGAUCGGCCUGUUUCGUUAAAUCCGUUACCGGUUCGGUUUCCGAUGUUUUCUUUCUGUCGGUACUGCUCUUUAUUGGCACUUUUUCAUUUGCCAUGAUGUUCAGGACCAUGAGACAUGGGAGGUUUUUCCCGGCUAAGGUUAGGUCAACGUUUGCAGACUUUGCAGUGCUGCUGGCUGUGGUCACUUUCACAGUUAUUGAUUUUGCAUUUGGCAUCAACACCCCGAAGUUGAAUGUUCCCGCCAAAUUUGUCAACACGAGAGAAGAUAGAAAUUGGAUAAUCAACCCCCUCUCCGUGACCCACUGGUGGCUGGUGCCUCUGGGUCUGGUACCUGCGCUACUAGCCACCAUCCUCAUCUUUCUCGACCAGCAAAUCACUGCGGUCAUCAUCAAUAGAAAAGAACAUAAACUCAAAAAAGGGCACGGCUACCACUUAGACUUAUUUGUACUGUGCUUCCUUAUCUUCAUAUGCUCUCUGUGCGGUCUGCCUUGGUUCGUAGCCGCAACGGUAAGGUCGAUAACACACGUCCAGAGUUUAAUGGUUACGUCCGAGGUUUCGAUUCCAGGCGAAAGACCGCAGAUCAUUGGAGUUAGGGAGCAAAGGGUGACGGGCUUCAUGAUCCAUCUUCUGAUUGGUCUGUCCACACUACUCACCGUCGUUUUACGGCUGAUUCCGAUGCCAGUUCUCUAUGGGGUCUUCUUCUACAUGGGGAUCACUUCACUGAACGGUGUCCAGUUCAUCCAAAGAAUCGCCAUCCUCUUCAUGCCAGUUAAGCACCAACCGGAUUACGUCUUCCUUCGCCACGUAAAGACGAGACGAGUGCACAUUUUCACUAUCUUCCAGCUGACCUGCUUCGCUGGCAUGUGGGCGGUCAAGCAGAUCCACUCUAUCGCCAUUGCCUUCCCACUUAUGCUGAUAGCCCUCAUGGCAGCCCGCAAAUUGCUGGACUACGUCUUCACACAGAGCGAUCUUUACUGGCUUGACCACUUGUUGCCAGAGGAAAUUAGGAGAGAGCAAGAGGAUCGUCCCUUUGCAGAAAACGAUGAUAAGGAGGUAACUACUGCUGCUACUAUGGCUACUAGUUCUGCUAUUACCACUACUACUACUAUUACCACUACAACUACUACUGCUACUAAAACUACUACUAUUACUACUACAACUACUACGUCUUCUACUACCACUAUAACUUUUAUAACUAUUGCUACAAUUCCUACUUCUUCUUCUUCUUUUUUUACUACUACUACUACUACUGCUACUACUACUACCACUAUUAGUAUGAUGAUAAUGAUGACGAUGAUGAUAUCGAUGAUGAUGAUUUGUAUAAUGAUAAUGAUGGUGAUAGUAUUGAUGAUGAUGAAGAUGACGAUGGUGAUCGCCAAGUUAUUGAAUUUUUAG